UAGGUAUGGUAACCUAAUCAGUACCAAUUUAUCUAAACUUUAUUAGAAAGAGUUUAAGUAUUAUCUUUAUAAUUCUAUAACGCCAUUUCGAUAAAUUAAUAUCGCAUUUUCAUAAUGAAGUCCCAGAAAGUCCGAGAAUUAUGAGAAACGGGAAAGUAUUGAAGUGGAGGUCAAAAGUCAAUGUUUGUUAAAACAAUCAUAGUGUUUAUCAGUUAAAAUGGACAAUAUUGGUGAAAAUAAAACAGAAAACGUGAGCCAGAAAAAGGAACUACCACUUAAUUUGCAAAAAAUAUGUUUAGUGUGCGGUGAUAAAGCGUUAGGCUACAAUUUUAAUGCCAUUUCGUGUGAGAGUUGCAAAGCGUUUUUCCGACGAAAUGCAUUGGCUAGUAAAGAAUUCAAAUGUCCGUUUACGAACAAUUGUGUUAUAACCGUGGUCACAAGAAGAUUCUGCCAGAAGUGUCGUUUAGAGAAAUGCUUUGCCGUCGGUAUGGUGAAAGAGUUUAUAAUGUCGGAGGAGGACAAAGCAGAAAAAAGGCGAAAAAUAGAAGAGAACCGAGCCAGAAAAAGAAAGAGCGAUUGUGAUGAAGCUGUUUCUAGUUCAAAGAGUAUGAAAAAAGAUGAUGAGAACUUGACAAGUAAUUAUCCACCAGAAUCAAUACAAUAUGAUGUCUUAAACAGCACUACAUGCAGUCCAAGCAGCACAGUCCAAUCUCCACUCAACAAUGACAUGGAAUCAUCAAUACAAUCCCCUCCCAUGUACAAUUAUGCUCCAAUACCGCCAGUUCAACCUGAAUACAAUAUGAAGGUCUUCCCUAUUGAUGAGAAGCAGAUAAUGGAUCAAGCAUUGUACGAACAAAGGAUGAUGGAUUCAUACAAAAUGUAUGAUAAUCUUGAGAGUAACACAUAUAUGGAGCCCCCCAAACAAAAUAGUAUAAGACAAAUCUUAACGAAUGGAGACACAGCAACCGCAUUUAAAGAGACGAAACAACAACAUGUCUGUGAAGAGAUACCUUCCACCAGUACCGACCCUGAUGUGAACAAAGCAAGGGAUAUCCUUCAAGAUGUUGAAAGGAUAGAACCAAACUCAAUGGAGUCGAUAUUGUGUGAAGCAAUUAAAUUAGAAUUCGAAUCGUACGCUUCAGUGAACUCGUGCAGCGGCUCAUCCCGGGAACUCAAUGAGGUAGAGCGCGCCAAGCUCAACGAGCUGAUCGUUGCCAACAAGGCCCUCAACGCGCCCAUAGACGACGACAUCUCGCAGCUCGUGGACUCCGCCAGCGCAGAGCCGGGCGGCAAGCACGACCCGCGCCUCAUCCGGCUCGUCAACCUCACGGCGGUGGCCAUACGCCGCCUCAUCAAGAUCGCCAAGAAGAUUAGCGCCUUCAAGAACAUGUGCGAGGAGGACCAGGUGGCUCUACUGAAGGGAGGCUGCAUAGAGAUGAUGGUGCUCCGGAGCACAAUGACCUACGACGGCCAGAGAAACCAGUGGAAGAUCCCGCACUGCCAGGAGCAGUUCGGUCGCAUCGGCACGGACGUGCUGAAGCUGGCCAAGGGCGACAUCUACCGCUCGCACGAGGCCUUCAUCAGCACGUUCUGCGCGCGCUGGCGCACCGACGAGAGCGUCAUCCUCAUCCUCUCCGCCAUCCUGCUGUUCGCGCCGCACCGGCCCCGCCUCGUGCACCGCGACGUCGUCAAGCUGGAGCAGAACUCGUACUACUACCUGCUGCGGCGCUACCUGGAGAGCGUGUACCCUGGCUGCGAAGCGAAGUCAACCUUCCUCAAGCUCAUACAGAAAGUCCUCGAGCUUCGGAAGCUCGCCGAAGAGAUAACCGACGUGUACCUCGACGUUAACCCUCUCGAACCGCUGCUGAUGGAAAUCUUCGAUCUCAAGCAUCACGGCGGGAGGGACUGACCUUGCUCCGUCGUGUGAGCUCCCCGGGUGCUCCACAGUUAUCCGUAUUUACUAAACACUAGCUGACCCGGCAGACUUUGUGGUGCCUCAAUCGAUAAAUAAAAGACCUAAACUUUUGUGUAAAAUA